AUGGUGGCCUGGACGGCCUUGGUCGCAGGAUAUAGCAGGCAGGGAGACACUCCACGAGUUCUCGAGCUCUUCCAGGCGCUGCUAGACAAAGGCCUUCGUCCAGACGUGAUGAUCUCGGCUUGCAGCCACGCCGGCUUGGUCGAUCUUGGCAAGCGUUAUUUCGACGAGAUGAGCUCAAAGUUUGGGCUGGCUCCCGGGAUCCAUCACUACCACUGUGUGGUGGAUCUUCUCAACAGAAGUAACAGGCUCGAGGAAGCGGUGGCUAUGGUGGCGAGGAUGCCAUUUGAGCCGACGCUGGUAACUUGGACGACAGUGCUCGCGGGGUGUCACAAAUGGAAGAACUCGAUGGUGGGGAGAUUGGCGUUUCAGCGUUUGAUUGCUCUGGACAGGAGAUUAGACUCGGCCUACGCUCUUAUGGCGAACAUCUAUGGAAGUCUCGGGCUGUGGAAGGAGAGGCAAGAGAUCCAAGCGAUGAGAAGUAUGAACGUUUUGUAG